AUGCCACUGGUGCUAAAACAGAAAUCUUUUAUGAAACUAUUCUAUUUAGCGUGAUUUAUUAAUCUUGCAGUUUCCAUAGAAGUCAUUAUUAUUCAAGAUAGCGACGACAAAAAAGACUUUUUAUGAGAUGCCACAACUAUAACCUCUUUUCUUCAGAAUUCUGCUCCUCAAAUCGACUGGCAUAUUUGCCAACACAUAUCAGCCUACCAAUGUAUAGAUUCAUAUCCAAACGCUUAUAUACUGCUUGACCUAUCCCAAGACCUAAGCACCCAGCUUACAAUAUCUCAGCUCUGCCAAGAGUCAAAAAGAGUGCACUUAGUUAUCCAAGACGAGUUCAAAUACUUCGACGAUAGGACUUAUUCAGUCAUUUCCUCCAAAAAUCACAGAUUUAAUGCUUUCUUUGCAGUCCUAAAUUAUUAUAGCUGAAGCAAAGGGACAGUUUUUACGACUUGGGAAGACGAAGAAAGGUUUUUGAAUUUUACCUCAAAUUUUGAAUUAAUGAUUAUUGAAUCGUGAACUGACAUGGAGAAUUUAAUAAUGAGGGUUGUGCCUCCUUUGGGAUCGACUCUUUAUUAUAUUUUCACACAAAAUAAUGAAUCCCUUUCUAUACAAAAUUACUUAGAAAGUGCACAUUUAUUAACGGAAGGAAGUGGGAUUAUUUUUAAUCAAAAAAGUGGGUAUAAGUGUAAAACGGAAGGUGCUUUAAUUGUCACUGAGGAAGGACAAGAAAAUGUCGAUUCUGAAGAAAAAUAUUUGGAAAAUUCUAUUAUGAAAUUUCUAAAUGCUAUAAUAAACACUCAGAAUUAUCUUGAGGCAAUUACAAUAUUGAGCAGUAACUGGAAAUCUCAUUAUGGGCAAGAUGCAUUUUCGCUUGUCAAUGUGCAGGCUGGAAAAAGAAUUACAAUUGGAUCUGUUAUUAAUGGGCAAGUUAUAAUCCGUAAUAGCACAAUUUUCCCGGGGGAAACUAUAGAAGUUUCCUAUGUUUGGCGCUGUAAGGCCGAUAAAUUCUGAUCGGAAUUUAUCGGUUUGGUUGCACCAAAUCAAUGCCUUGGGUCGGACCAAAAAGCGAUUUAGUCCGACGAACUUGGAAAGCUCCUGGGAAAAUGUCUGCGCUUUCAGCGCUAUAUAGAGGAAACCUCUAUACAUCGAUCCCAAAAUCCAACAAAAAAAUCCUAAACCUCAGCAUUGAAGCAGGAAUUACAAAUCCAAAUUAUUCUCCUUCUACAAUAGGAUCUGUAGCAGCUAGAGGAGCUUACUUACUACCUUCCUUAGUUAGGAACCAAACAAUUAGUAAAAACCUAUUUUUGAGAUAAUUUUUUUUAAAUAAACUUUUUUUAAAAGUUAUCAAUGACAUGAUAAUGGAGACGAGCAGCAUUCCCUCUGUGGCAAGGGUUAUUUACCCAUAUCAGAUGGUAAUUAUAAUCCCGUUGUAGUUUUAGCCUCUAAUAAAUGAAUUUUUUUUGCCAGAAGUCCCCACAUAUUAUCUAAAAUGGAGACUCCCAGUAAAGUCAGUGCUUGACCCAUAAUUUCCCACCACCAACUAGAAGGUGUUUUGGCUUGAAAUCAAGGAGGAACGCUUGUGAGGGCUCAAGGCUUUAGACAAUCUAAUCUAAUGAUAUAAUAAUAAAAUACCGACAAAUUAUAAAGCUAGCGAUUCAAAUAUAAAUUAUAUAAAUUUAAUAGGCUUUUUAUUUAAAAAUAAAUUUAGUAUUCAAAAUCCGAAAUAUUCAUACUGUUGCCUAUUUUCAAUAGCAAAUAGGACAUAUAAAUCAUUAUAAUAUUUUUAUAAAAUUUUUUAUAAAAAUUUUUUUUCUAGUGAACAAAAAUCUCGCUCACUGAGAAAUGGGAUAAGUUAGCAAUAGACUAUAUAAACGCAGGCACCUCUGGAAUGCUACCAAAUUAUCAAAUUGACAUGUUUAACUAUGACUGUGGGGUGACUAUUUAUAAUGCAACCUAUGCUAAAGCUUGCUUUAAAAAAGACUUUGAUAGCUUUGGCCUAGCCCACAUUGUAUCAUAUGCAUCCUCAAUGGCUCUCGGGGUGUUAAAAUUAUUCAAGUCUUUAAACUGGACUAUUCCAAUUAUCGGGAUUAAUUCAGAUCCUUCUUUUAAUUCUUCAACCCUUUACCCAUUUUAUCAAAGGGUUUGGCCUUCAACUUCAUUUACUCUCCCUUUAAUCCCUGUUUUAUUAAGAUCUCUUGGCUGGGAAAAAGCAGCUGUCCUCUAUCAAAAUGAUAGCUGGGGGCAGGGUGGGUACUAUUACUUAAAAGUCGGAGCAAAUACACACGAUAUGCUUUUUGUGAAUCCUGACGAGACAAGAGCGAUUCCUACAGGACUUGACAGGGCAACAAUAAAAAAUCACUUACUCCCCCCUCCGUGAGUGAACAAAAAAAUUUUGUUCACUCACGGAGGGGGGGGUUUAAUGUUUUUUUUAAAAAAAUUUAUAUAUAAAAUUUUUAUAAAAAUUUUUUUUCUUUCAAAAUUUAAAAAAAUCCUAAUUCGCAAGAAUUUGAAAGUAAAUAUUAAUUUAAUUUAUAAAAUUUAUGUUUUAAAACGCAAUUUGUUUAAAAUUAAGCAGAAUUAGUUCUAGAUUUCAUUAUGCUAAUUAUCACUUAUAUAUCAAAUUUUUUUUCUAUAAAAAAUUUUUUCUAUUAAAAAAAUUUUUGUUCACUCAUGGAGGGUGGGUUUUUUGGGCAAAAAAUAGGGAUUUUUCUAAUGGUUUUGUUCACUCACGGAGGGGGGGAGUUAGAUAUUAUACAAGGAGUUAUCAAUUCAGACGCAAGGCUAGUCAUUUUUAUUAUUCAGGUUCCAUUAGUGCAAUAUGUAAUCGAAACUUUCUAUGACUUAGGCCUAAGAAGGGGCGAUAUAUUAAUAUUUACAGCUGUUCCAGAUAUUUUGACUAAUAUUUUGACAAGUGACGACUACCUUUAUAAAAGGCUGGAAAUCGGAGUCCCUAUGAUGACUUUUUUUGGGGAGCAAUGAGUUGGGGAAUUUGGCCAAGGCGCCUAUACCAAGAUUGUGAAGCAGUAUAAUGCCACUCCAAGCUCAUUUGCCUGCCAUUAUUUUGACAUAAUUUAUUUAAUAGGCCAUGCUCUUGAUUUUAUGAUUAACCGUGGGCAAGAUUAUACAAAUCCUUAUAAGCUGGAAAGUGUUAUCAGAAAUACACAGUUUACAGGGUGCUCUGGGCGCGUGAUAAUCGAAAAAGGAACCAAUGAUAGAAUUACAUCAGUCUUAAACGUCCAAGCAGAUAAAUUUGAUAUAAGUGGAAACGUAAUUCCUUAUUUUAUAGGAGUGCUAAAGCCUUUUAGCACACAAAUUUUGCAUAUUACUAACCCACUUGUCUAUCCUGGUGGGACUACUACAAAGCCAACAGACCUAAGAAACCAAAAUAGUGACUGUCCUUUUCCUGACGAUAAAGUAAAAACCUUCAUUAAGGGGAAAAUCCUGAUUUUUGGCAUUUGUUUUGCAAUAGCCUUGGUAUCAAUGAUAAUAACAUUUGUUAUAUGAAAAAGAUGAUGGAAUAUCCCUAUAGAAGAGCUCAAAGAAAAACAAGAAAUUUCUUUCCCAGACUUGAUUGUAGCUAUUACAAUCGCGAUCGAGUUUUUCCAAUAUGCGUCGAUGGGGCCUAAUAUCUCAUAUUUAAGCUCAGUUAUGAAUAAUUUCAGCAAUUCUCUGACUUUGGAGCUAACAAACAUCAUAAAGCUCAAAAAUGGUGUCUUUUGGAUAAUUGUUGAUGCUGUAUAUGGGUUAAUCCUCCUAUGAAUUUCUAUGUGUGCAGUUGUUCUUUUCCGCUUAGAUGAAAAAUAUUCCCAUUUUUCUAUUUUUCGGUUUGUAGCUUGGCUUGCUGAUUAUAUGAUGCCGAUUUUAGGAAAUUUGUGCUUCAUUCCGUUUAUUUCGAUUUGUCUUGAUAUUUUUGUAUGUGAUCAGUCAAUCGGAGAUAAUUUUACUGAUAGCUUUCUAUCAUUUGACUGUUAUUAUUUUUGCUGAAAAGAUGAGCAUUUAGUAUAUGCAAUUUUGUCAUUUUUCGCUUUAUUGUGCUAUGAGCCGCUAGCAGUAUUUUGUAGGCCGCUUUGGCAAGAAUUGCAGCUGCUUUUGCAUGUAAAAGCAGUUCCUCUUUUCUUAAUGGUCAAGACGAUUAUCCAGGUGGCUUUAAUAGUGAUGAAUAAGACAGUAAAAAGAGCACAAGAUAUGAGAAAUUGUAUUAAAUUCGAAGCUAUAUGAGAAAUAAUGAAAAUUUAUUUAUUAUUAAAAUAGGUAUUGGUUUUAUAUAUAGAUACAAUUUUUAAUUAAGCAAAGUAUAUUACUCAUGGGGUGUUGUUUAUCGCUGUGAUGAUUAUUUACAUUGUUUUUCUUUAUAAAUUCAAGCCUUAUAAUUACUCAAGGUUCAAUUUAUGGCAAAAUUUGAGUUUAAUUGGGGUAGUCUGGCUUGCAAUAUUAUCCACAGUUGCAUUGGGUACAAAAGGAAACUCUGUGAUCUUGACUAUAUUUUUAUUUGUUGGAUGGCUUAUUAUUGGCCUUAUCGGGCUGUAUAUACAAAGAAAAAGGUGCCCAAGUUUACUUUUUAGAAAGAAAGGCCAUGAUACAGCAAGCCUGUUUAAAUUUGCUUUUACUUUUGGUAAGAGUUCACGAAAAGCUUUGAAUCGGAUAGCUCCUUCUAGUGGCUCACUAGAAUCUCAAAACAAAAAUAAAAAACUUAAUAGCAGAUAA